AAUGCCCCCACCGUCCGUAGCCAUUUUGGCUCUAGCCAUGUCCUGCUCGGGCGCAUGCACGGGCGGGAGUGCGAUGGCGGCGAGGAGACGGCCCUCGAAGCGGCUGUCUGGAGAGAGGUGGCGGCCCCCGCGAGAGCGCCGCGAGGCGCAGCGCUGGGCAUCCCUCUCCCGCGAGAGGCUGGUGCAGCGACAGGCCGAGGAGCUCCAGGACGUACAGCUCCGUGCCCAGGCACCAGCAGAGGUGCAGCGGCGCCUAGCGCUGGUGCCACCUGUGCUCAUGGCUUAGCUGCGAGGUGAAGGAGUUGAAGGGGAUAGGGUGCUGGAGCGGAACGUUGGCUGCCACGCUCGCGCCCUCCCCCGCCGAGGCGCACUGGUGGGCGAGUGGCGGAGGGCCCAGCGCGGCCCGCGCCUCCCUCGGCCGCGCGCCACUCGUGGAGCCCGCCCUGUGCUGGAUCUGCAGGUCCUGCCGCACCCGUUCCAGGGCAAGGGCGUGCAAGGUGGGAAAGUCGUCCAUGCCGCGGAGCUGGAGGCCGAGCGGCGGGCGCUUGGCGACUCCUGCUGCACGGGCGGCCAGCAGCGCGAGAGCCUCGACGGGAUCGGCGUCGCGGUGCCCGCGGAGGCUAUGCGGUCUGGCGGGCUCGGGGCCAGAGGUCGGGUGUGAGACCUGCGGCACCCAGGCCAACGUCCUUCUCGGCGCCCCUGGUGUUCGGCGUUCGGCCGCCGCUGAGGUGGAGUUCGGAGGCGCAGAGGUCGGGGCUGGCGGCCGCGGCGGCGCUGGACCUGCGCCUGGAACCUGCUACGUGGCGAGCCCUUCCGCGGAGGUGAAGGCUUUCGCCGCAGGGUUCGCCUCGGGCUGGAGCCUGGCCGAGCGCGACGCCGCACGGCCAGAGCGCUUCGGUGCCGCCUCGCAGGCGGUUGCGGAGUCGGCGAGGCUGGUGCGCCCGUGUGGUCUGCCUGGAGGUCUGUUGGCAGUCGGCUCCCACGUUGUCGCCCUUGGCGCUUGUUCGGAGGCCGAAGGUGUUGUCAACGGCGGAGUCGCUAGCGAUGACGAGCGGCCGCUCGUCGCUGAUGCUGAUGCGGAGGCGGACGCGGCCUGCUCCGCCGUGCCGCAGCUGUUGCUCGGUGUGGCCGCCGCGGCGUACCUGGAGGCGCACCCCGCUGCGCUCCUCAGCAGGAGCAGGGGCCUGCGCGUGGCCGGCGAGGUGCUGCAGGCCUCGGGCACCGCCGUUUUCGGCGAGGCGGGCGCCGCGCCGACGGUGGGCUCGUCGCUGAAGCGGUACCAGGAGGAGCGCCAGGGCAUCGCCAUCGAGAUCGACAUCGUCGUCGGUCUGGACGUUGGCGCCCAGCUCGGCGGCCUGGCGAACGAGAGGCGGCGUGGGGGCUCGGAGGCUCCCGUCGCGCAGCAGGGGGUCGAGGAGGCCUCCGAUGACGAUGACGGGAACAGGGUCAAGCAGAGCGCGAGGUGGGCCGCGAGGACCAGCAUUGCUCAUUGCUCGCGGGUGGCUUGAGCCCGCGGGCUGCGGCGUGCUGGAGGGAUGCUCAGGCGCGGAGGCCCCGAAUCAGUCGGAGGCCGAGCGGACUGUGCAGGUCGUCUUGCUGGGGCAGAGGAUGUCUAUUCUGAAGCCUGCUGCCGACUACCUAGCGGAGCUGGGGCACGAGGUCAGCGAGCUUCGCCUCAGUCCGCUGUACCUCGAGGUGAUUGAGUCGCUUUCGCUAGGGGGGGAGGCGGAUAUCAUCGAGGAGAUGACGCAAGAAGGAGAAGAGGAAGAGACGCUCUUGGACCUUAUGGAGCUCGAGAGCACGGCCGAGGUGCUUCUCGACGCGCUGGGUGUGCUAGGCGGCGUUGGCCGCAGCGAGGAGGCGUGUGAGGAGCUAGAGACGGCAAAGCGUCAGCUGGUGCGCACCAUGGAGCCUCGGCGUCUGAGCUGGGUCCGCCGCAGGGUUGCGGCGAUGUGGCUGGCUCGCAAGGCGGGGUGGUUCCACCCCCCCGAGGCGGGACGCGCUCGGUUGCACGUGAGCUGCGGGCUAGUGAGUGUUCCUCUCGCGCAGGCGCGGGCCAGGGGCCUGGCGGCGCAGGGCGAGCGGGCGGCGGCGGCGGCGGUCGGCGCGAGCGGCCUGGGCCAGAGCCCGCAGGAAGAACUUAUGCAUGCACGGGUCUCUCGGGGCCCUUGAAGAGUUUUUUCCCCAUAUCCGAAGGAUGGGGUCCGUGUUAUUCUCCGACCGCGCCGGACCACCCAUACCACCUCCUCCUCCCUCUCUGCAC